GCAACAAUCACAUGAAGUGCACAGACAGUUUACCAGUUAUAUGUGGAAUGGCACAAUGUUCCAUGAACUCCACUGCAGGAAGCCCUGAAGGGGUACUUUUGGAAGUCAGGGCAGUAGCAUACAGCAUAAUUUUUUUCCUUGGUGUGCUAGGAAAUGGAAUCGUGAUUUGGAUCACCGGGUUCAAAAUGAGAAGGACAGUGACUACAACAUGGUACUUAAAUCUUGCUAUUGCUGACAUUGUCUUCGUAAUACUACUCCCCUUAUCUGUUUUAAAAGAGGUCACCCUGUCUGAGUGGACCUUUGGCAUAGUGUUGUGUAAAACGAAUAGCUUCAUUAAGUAUCUCAACAUGUAUGCAAGCUUGUUUAUUCUCAUCAUUAUCAGCCUGGAUCGCUGCAUUGUGGUCACAAAUCCAGUUUGGUGCAGGAAUCAACGAAACCUCAGAUUGUCUAACAUUGUCAUCACAACUGCAUGGGUCUCUGCAGCAGUCUUCAGCUCACCUUAUUUGGUCUUCCGUACCAUUUGUCAGAAAGGAAACAAAACAACAUGCUCCUAUGACUAUAAACUGUUGGGCGAUUCUCACUUUGAAAAUGCAAUCAGGACUGCAAUGUACUGCAUCAGGUUUAUAGUUGGACUUUUUAUCCCAUUUAUAAUUAUCAUAAGCUGCUACAUUACAAUCACCUGCAGAAUAAGGCCAAAUAUAAGGGGGCAGUCCAAAAGGUCAUUCAGAACCAUCAUCAGCAUCAUUGUGACUUUCUUUGUUUGCUGGCUGCCAUAUCAUAUUGUGAAUUUUCUUAAACAGACACGUGGCUCUUCUUGGGGUUUAUUACUGGCCUAUGAAUUAGCAUCAGGUUUAGCUUUCUUUAACAGCUGCAUCAACCCUAUCCUUUACGUUUACAUGGGCUACACAUUCAGGAAGGAAAUUAACAAGUCUUUUCUUUCUGUUGUUAAAAUGGUAUUCACAGAUGAAUUUGUCAUUUCCAAACUGAGUUUUAGCUCCAUUGCUGGCACUCCCCUGGAAGAAAUGGACAUAAAUCCUUAAAACUGUAAGGACUGGCUGGAUUAAUUAGUUUUAGAUUUCUCCCAUACGCUGCAACAUGGUUAUAGCCUUAGAAAAUAUGAUAACUUAAUAUUAUGAUGAAAGUGCUGCUAAAAUGCUGUGAAUGUCUUGCUGGAACUAUGACAUCUCAGUGUAAUAACGAAUCUUGGAAGGGUGUAUAUUCUUAUAUAGCGCUUCUUCUUGAGAGAUUAUGACCUUUCUAGAAUAAUGUACUUCUGUCAAGUUAUGUCAGCAACUAAACUGGUUAAUAUUAAUUUCAUAUUUUGCCUGAUAUAUCUUUUGCUAGCUCAGUUAUUACAUAAUUAGAUUUGUUUCAUGUUAUGGAGCAUUUCUUUCCAGGCCUUUGCUGAAAAGGGGUCUUGCAUGUCCCAUUCAGACAAUUCUAAUUAACAAAUACAAUAAAUAAACAGAUUUCUCUAUCCUUCAUUCAAAUGUAUUGCA